AUUCAGUGGCAUUACGUAAGUAAGUAAAAACGGGCUGUGAAGGCGGUUUUUAGGUCCUGGCCGGUCCGCACAAUAGAGUCGCAAAGCAGCACCGCGUUGAGACACAAUUACGUGAAAAUCAUUAACCAAGCCCUUAGCAUACCACACAUAUCCCGAGAUAGCACAGGUUCAGUCCACACGGGACGCUUUCACGCUUUCACCAGACGGCUGGAGAUACAACGGCUUGCUCAUUAACUCCUGCCGUGAUGCAACCUGUUUACUUCCCUGGCCAAUCGUAGCCAGUCGAACGCCUGUCUGCUUCUUUGGUGCGUCAAAAAUGGAGUAUUUUUCCGAGAGAUCAUUUGAGGACGCGGUUGAGACAUUGCGGGGGCGGGGACGCAGAUCGGCCCGAUAAAGCAGCUCUGUGUGCGGUUAUCUGCUGAUUAUUGGCCGGGGUUGUUGAACUCGGUGACCCGCUGCCUUCACCUCGCUGACCUUCCUGCUGUUGGCUCAAGCUAAACCCUCUGAAAGAGGCAUUGAGCGCCGGCUGGAAGCAUGCGUACGCGCUUCUCCGUCACACGAGGCGGAGGUCUGCGAAGGCAGCCGGCAGGAAUGUGGAAGCUGUAAUGGCUGUAAUUGUGAGGACGGCUUGAGGAAGCUGGUGGAAGUAAUUGUGUGAGAUCGGGGAUGUUUUUUCAGACGGGCUGGCCGCGUGCGAGAGGCGUUUCGAAAGGCGAUGAGCGUAAGGGGGGAAAAACUUGUAGAGAAACGCUUGCGCGUCUGCAUUCUGCCACACUACUUUCUGCAUGCGUACUAUGAAAACGACUUCCAUACGCAUGCCGUCAUGCUGUCCUUAGACGAGCCGCUGGACCUGAAGGUGCCCAGGGGGCGGGUCAGUGGGCGGGACAGAGGCGCCAGGUCUCCGCCCACUCUCACUCCCUCCCCUAUUCACGGCAAGGGGGCGGGGCAGCUGCGGAUGACCGACGACGGGACGGCAGUCAUCGUCCCAGCGUCUCCUGCCUCUCCACACACGGGUGUCCUGCAGGAUAAACCGGAGACCCCCACACCACCCGCCGUGGACCUCAGCAUGUCCCCGUCCUCCAGAAACGCCGCCUGCUCUCCGGAUCUCUCCAAUGGACACGGCUCAGCUCCCGUUUUCCCCGGGGACUCGGCUCAUAUCCGUUACGUGGAGGGAGGGGCGACGUCUCAAGCGUUCCAGUUCUUCGUGCCCAUUGGAGGAGGUGGAGGGCUUCACCUGCCUUCCUCGAUGUUCAUUCGGCAGCCCAAGGACACGCGAGCUUCUCCAGACCUCUCCGCAGAUGAACAGCUGGCCUGUCGCUGGAGGAAGUGCCACCUACUUUUUGACUCCUUGCAAGACCUGGUGGAUCACGUCAAUGACUUCCACGUGAAGCCUGAGAAGGAUUCUGGGUACUGUUGCCACUGGGAGGGUUGUGCGCGUAAAGGACGGGGAUUCAAUGCCAGGUACAAGAUGCUGAUACACAUCCGUACUCACACCAAUGAGAAACCCCACCGCUGUCCCACCUGCAACAAGAGCUUUUCCCGCCUGGAGAACCUCAAGAUUCACAACCGCUCGCACACAGGAGAGAAGCCCUACAUCUGUCCCUACGAGGGCUGCAACAAGCGAUACUCCAAUUCCAGUGACCGGUUCAAACACACGCGCACGCACUAUGUGGACAAGCCCUACUACUGCAAGAUGGUGGGCUGCUUGAAACGCUACACGGACCCCAGCUCCCUGAGGAAGCAUAUAAAGGCUCACGGGCACUUUGUAGCCCAGGAGCAGGGAGGUCCUGGUGGGGUGGGCUCUCUGAUGAAGCCGGGGCAUAUUGUAGGGGCAGGGAAAGAAUCUGAGCUGACUUACGUCAGUGGGGCCCACAUCAUCAUUCCUGGUGCUGCCGCCGCUCUCCUUGGCGGUCACGGUCUGCAGGGUCUCGGAGGCUCCCUCCCCUUGUCCCCCCUCAGUCCCCGCCCCUUGGACUUGAGCACACUGGGCUGCCCAAGCUCCCCUCCAGCUGGGCUUGGGGGGACGUCCAUCCUGUCCUUCAGUGGUUCCCCACUCGGCCUAGCCAAGUCACCCUUGCUAUCUCAUACCUUCUCAUCUUCCACGUUGGGGUUGCCCAUGGUGCCGAUUUUGGGCUCGGAGCGCAGGGACCAUGGCAAGGGCAAGGCCAGAGGCGAGGAGAGUGAGGACGAGAUCCACAGCGGAGUGCUCAACUUGUCUACGGGGGCGUCCCACGACCCGCUGUCUUGGGUUGUCAUCCCAUCUGGCCAGGUGGUGCUGAAGCCAGCUGUGGUCAACUGAGCACCACAUUCCAGAGGAACGGGCAGGGGAAGGGUGGGGGUGGAACAGGGGUCAGAGAUCAGAGGCAAGCCUAUGGGGGUUUUCUCAAAGCAAAUGCGGUUCUGCUUGGAGAUGACACCAUCUUCAAUUUUAGCGCUACUUUGGUUCUAAUUUGUACUUUAUGGUCAGACACAGCUACCUGUUUUUUGUGGAAAUUGGAAUGGAAUCUUAAAGUGAAAUUUUCUAACAAUCUAAAGGCAGACACUCACCUCCAUUACAUUCUCUUUCUUUCAGUCUUAUCUUAAUACCAGGGUUAUCCAAUCUUGCUCCUGGAGUGGUUAGCUCCAACCUGCUCUAACACACCUGCUUGAAAGACUGGAGUAAUCCUGAAGAGCUGGACUCACUGUGCUUAAUUACGGUUGGGGCUAAAGCAGUGGUGGGCAAAUCUGGCCCUCAAAGCACUGCUCAGUUACAACCCUCACUAAACACAAGCUUAGCCUUCAUGAUUACUAGAUAAAUUACAGCCAGGUGAGUUUGUUGGAGGUAAGCUUUGCAGGACAAUGGACCUUAAGGGCCAAGUUUACUCUCCCCUGGUCUAAACUCUGCAGGAAGGUGGCCCUCCAGAAGCAGGAUUGAACCCUAAGUCUUAUACACUUUAUUUUCUGUUUUUUGAGAGCACUGAUCUUAACGGCAGACUUCAGAAUCUGUGCCCUUGCUUCAAGAGACAAUUGUAUUUAUGUGUAAGAGAAACUUUUGGACGACAGUGUACGCAACACACUAAAGACACAAAUGUAUGCCAUUAUUCUUCAGGAACUGACCUUCAAGUCAUUCCGUGCAUAAUAUAAAAAAGACCUCUGAGUGUAGCGAGCUAGAGAUCUUUGAGGCUAAAUUGCAUGGGCUUGGUCAGGUUUGCGAAGGGGUGCUGAGGUCGUAGGUCAGACGAGAGCAGCUUGUUUACUUGCUGUCAAUCAACAUUUGUUGUACCCUUUAGACCAGUGGUGUCUGAUUCUGGCCCUGCUUUGCCACUUUCCUGCAGAGUUCAGCUCCUCAAGACAAGUUUCUAUUGAUCCCGAAGACCUUGAGUAGCUGGUGUGUUUAAUUAGGGCUUGAGCUAAACUUUACCGGACAGUGGCCCAUUAGAAACAGGAAUGGACACCCCUGCUACAGACUGUCUCAAGUCACACCUCGGUCAGCAGGUACCCUCUGCAUUCCUUGCAAGUGAACUUCCUUAGCUCAAUGCUACUGCAAGCUAUAUGAAAAACCUUGCGUUUGCUGCUAGCUGUGUCACUGCAAUGUAAGCAUACAUCUUUGAAUAAAAAUAGACAAAGUAUGAAUGACAAUCUGUCCUCAGAGGAGGAGGAAAUAGAAACCUUGACUAGCUCUAUUUUGUUGAAUAAGAAAAUUUACAGACACAAGGCUCAGACAGACUGAGUUUUAAGUCAUACAAGGGCACAAACUCAUCAAGCAAUCAUGCUAACGCCCCAUGGACAUGGCACUGUUAUAAAUAGUGCCAUCUUAUGGUCAUCACUUGUACUGCACAGUACUGAACCAAGGGCCUGAUUUAACAGUAUUGUCCUGCUUUGCAGUAUAUUAGCACGGCAGGGUAAAACAAAGGACCUCUGGCUGAUGCAUAAAAGUGGAAUGUUAAAAACAACAGUUAUCCACAACCCAGUGGACAUGCUGACAUUUGCAGUACACAAGCUUUAAGUGUACAGCAACGAUUACGUGCAUAGUUUGGUUAAAAUAACUUUGCUUUCACAGUUUGCCCCAUGUUAAAUCACUGUGCUAAAAAUCUAAUCGAAAACUCAGAGAUUAAAGUAGUGACUUAAUAACAAAGUGCAGAAAGCACUAUGCAGGUGGCCAAAAGAUAGCAUUUUGAUUGAAGACUCUUUCACAUGACCCACAUCAACAUUCUCCAAUGCACCAAACUCUAGAGCAGGGCGUCAAGUUUCAGAAUUACCCCUGAUGCCACCUUACACAAAUGGAGUUGUAGGCAAUGCUCCAAGUACUAGAAAUUUCACAUUUCACCUCAUUUGGCUCUGAUUUGCAGUUGCAAUGAUGUGCAAUUAUGUGGUACGUCAUACAAACUGAAAAUCAAGAAUCAAAAGACUAGAUUUUAGGCACAUCAAGUAGUACAACACAACCUUUAAGGCAGAUAUUCACGUUGUGCAUUUUAUGAUACCAUCUACAAUUCUUGUGUUGAAAGGUGAAUUGAAGUUCUAAAGUGGGUCAUGUUAGAGAUGCUAAAAAUUUCACAAUCAAGAUCUCAACCAGAUUAAAAUAACACUCUUGAUUAAGUCUUCUCUCCUGAACUCAGUCGCGUAACAGUCUCUGUCUUCUCAGGAGAAGUACUUCUAUAACAGAGAUCAAAUAUUUAAAGCAUCUUUCAGUAAUGUCCAUUACUCAUAGAUUGGAAGAAAAACAAUAUAACAGAACAAACGAAUGUAAAAACAUUCUGACUAAAAUAAUCGCACUUCCUUAAAGCAUGUUCCCUGCCCUCCCCUCCGAACCAUUUUUACACUCAGAGUCUUAUUCCAUAAUUAUUUUUGUUUUAUUGUUUGUGGAAACUAUACGAUUAAUGCUGUUUUGUUUAACUGACUUUUUGGUUUUGUUUUUGGACGUGACAUUUCCUGAUGUUGAAGUUGCUUCGUUUCUGCUAUCGCUAUUUCGUGCUCAGCUUUCUCCAGCUGAUGAAUCGCGAGGAAAUAGGACUGAUAAGUUUGCGGGAAGGGUUUUCUAAGAAUCCCUCACAUUUAGACCAAAAUCAUCCCGCCAACGUUUGAGGUUUACAUGCGGUAGGAUGUCUUGUAUAACGGACAUUCGUCCAUUCGACAUGUCCGCAUCUUGACAGCGUGCCAAGUUUCAAAAGUAGGCCACUGACCCUUACACGGCCCCAGAUUAUAUUUAUUCGGUUAAAGCCAAGAAAAGGUGCUUCUAGAAAGCCUUUUAGUAGAGAUAAUAUGCAAAUACAAGCAGUAAUAAAACACAAUCCUCUAAAGUUUGGAGAGCUUUGACAUCGGCAUGUAUUUACACGGUAAUGCCGUUUAUUAACCCUAGCGUCCUUUAAACAAGUUUGUCCACCUUCUAUUCCCUUUACUCAUGUUGUUGGCUGGAGGAAGCUGAUACUGACACAGACCUAUCAAGGUCUACAUCAAUGUUCAAUAUCAGAUAAGCUGUUUGAACCUUUAACCCUUUGAGCACUCUGAAAACGGCCUCGCUGUUUUACACGGGAGACUCCAAAGGCCUUAACAAAACGAUGGUGCGUCCCCAAUGACUCUGAAUUUACUGCAACUGCAUGCGAGAGACUUAAGCAAUAAACUGAAUGGCAGGGAAGAUGUCAUAGCUAGAUAUUUAAAUUGAGAUAUUCACUCCAGUAAAGGUCCAACGAUGCAAAAAAAAACUAUAAACGGUACAUAAAAAUAAGCACCAUUUUAGAAUCUAAAAAAAAGCUCACAUUAAAAGCAAAGACGUUUCUACAAUUAACUAAUAAUAGGACAGAUUUUUGAAGAGCCACAGAGAUGCACAAAGGGUUAACAAAAAGACUACGGCCUGGAAAGGCCAGCAUCCAUUAUUUUUUUCCUUUUUUGCACAUUUUUGAGAUAUUUUAAUGUCAGUAUUUUAAUUUUUUCCAAGUGCCUUUUAUUAUAGUUGAAAUGUAGAUGUAAUACACUAUAUGAAAAUAUAUAUAUAUAUAUAUAUAAAUAAAUAUAUAUUUUUUCCCAGCAUCAUGUUCUAAAGCUGAACAUGCAGAAUUUUAGAGCUGUAAAAGUCUCCAGUUGGUACAACAUAGGUGUGUGCUCCUGUUUUAGAGGAUUUUUAUUACGAUAUUGAUAAGGAUGUCAAUGAAAAUAAAAGAAACAAACGUUUAAUAAAUUUCCAUUUGAUAUAC